AUGAUCCGAAGGUUGAUCAGUCAUUUCAGUCAUCGAAAUCAAUCGAACCAAUUCGACCUAACUGCUUCUCUGCUAGCCCAAGACAAUGACGACAAACAAUUAUUGAACGACGACUUGAUCUUGUACAUUUUACAAUAUUUAUCAUCGUCUUGUAUCGUGAAUGUGUGCAUGAGAAUUUCAAAACAAUGGUUCCGAGUCUCUCUGAAAUAUCCUCUCGAGUUUAAUUUCUUUGAAAUGAGACUCAAAGACAAACAAAAGCACGAAAACUUUCAAAGAUUUUCAAAAUGUCGGAUUGAUAUGAAUAUCACAACACUAGUCUUGAAAUCCAAUCAUUUAGGGAAAAACGGAGCAAAAUUACUUUCUCAAAGCUCACGUAUGAAAUCAGUGACUUACCUGAGCCUCAGUUGUAAUAAUCUUCAAAUUGAAGGAGCUAAACUAAUUGCUGAGAGUGAAAAUUUGAAGAAUUUAACUCGAUUACGAAUAUCAGGAAAUCGAUUGCAAUCAACAGGAGCAGCUCUAAUAUUCACAAGCAAGAAUUUGAAUAAUUUGAAACGUCUCGAAAUUGGCUACAAUAGAAUUGGACCCAAAGGACUUGGUAUUCCUUCGAUUACAUUAGAUCAGUUAACAACGCUUGACAUUGGUGGAAAUGCCAUCAGUAAUGAAAAUUUGAAAUUUUUAGCAUCAUGUGAAGCAUUGGGUCAUUUAACUGAUUUAGAUUUGAGUGAAAACGAUAUUGAUUCUGAAGGGUUGUCACCAUUUGUCCACAGCACGUACAUGCAAAACAUUACUUCGUUGAAUCUUCUCGGAAAUUCGAUAGGAACUGAACGAGGAGUGGAAAUUCUCGCACACAGUGAAUUUAUGAAAAAUUUAACACGUCUCGACUUGGGAGUAAAUUCCAUAGAAAUUGAAGGACUCAAAGCAUUGACAUCAAGUCCUUUCAUUUCAAACCUCAAAGAAUUGCAUUUGAAUUGCAAUCGUUUCAAUAGUGUGAAACCAAUUACUUCAUGUUCAUAUCUCACUCAUUUAACUUGCUUGGAUUUGAGUUAUAAUCAUAUUGGAGAUGAAGGAGCUCGAGAAAUUGCGAACAGUGAAUAUUUGAAAAAUUUGCAAUUUCUUUAUAUAUCCGUCAACAAAAUUAGGGAUGAAGGAGCACUUGCCAUCGCGAAGAGUGAAAAUUUCAAUCAUUUAACAGAGUUGCAUCUCGUGGGCAAUUGUAUCCAUGAGUCUGGAAAAGAAGCAAUAUUGAAAAGGUUCUCAUACUUAAAUCCUAACCAUAACAUCUUUAUCAAUGGUCAAAAUCCGUGA